AUGGAGAUUUCCCUGGUGCCCCUGGAGAAUGGCAGUGCCAUGACCCUCAGAGGAGGAGGGGAGGCAGGGGCAAGCUGUGUGCAGACCCCCAGGGGAGAGUGUGGGUGCCCUCCGACGGGGGGACUCAGUAAUCAGUCCAAAGAAACAUCAACCAGGGAGCGCGCCACGCACGAGGAUGCGGGCCAGGGUGGGCGGCCUUUGCCCCCUAUGCCUCAGGAGCUGGCACAGCCUAGAAGGCCAUCUGCUGAGGAUGAGGAGGGAGAAGGCGACCCUGGCCUGGGCACAGUGGAGGAGGACCAGGCUCCUCAGGAUUCAGGGUCACUUCAUCACCAGCGGGUCCUCAUAAACAUCUCGGGUUUGCGCUUCGAGACGCAGCUGGGCACCCUGGCGCAGUUUCCCAACACCCUCCUGGGGGACCCAGCCAAGCGCCUGCGCUACUUCGACCCCUUGAGAAACGAAUACUUCUUCGACCGCAACCGGCCCAGCUUCGAUGGCAUUUUGUACUAUUACCAGUCUGGAGGCCGCCUGCGCAGGCCGGUCAACGUCUCCUUGGAUGUGUUUGCAGAUGAGAUCCGUUUUUACCAGCUGGGGGAUGAGGCCAUGGAGCGCUUCCGGGAGGAUGAGGGCUUCAUCAAGGAAGAGGAGAAGCCCCUGCCCCGCAACGAGUUCCAGCGCCAGGUGUGGCUUAUCUUCGAAUACCCAGAAAGCUCUGGGUCCGCAAGAGCCAUCGCCAUCGUGUCGGUCUUGGUCAUUCUCAUUUCUAUCAUCACAUUCUGCUUGGAGACUCUGCCUGAGUUCAGAGAUGAACGGGAGCUGCUACGCCACCCCCCAGUUGCACCGCAUCCCCCAGCCCCUGCCCCAGGGACCAAUGGCAGCGGCUCUGGUGCCCUUUCCUCUGGCCCCACAGUGGCUCCGCUCCUGCCAAGGACACUGGCUGACCCAUUCUUCAUCGUGGAGACCACAUGUGUGAUCUGGUUCACUUUUGAGUUGCUUGUGCGCUUCUUUGCCUGCCCCAGCAAGGCAGAAUUCUCUCGGAAUAUUAUGAACAUCAUUGAUAUUGUAGCCAUCUUCCCCUAUUUUAUCACCCUGGGCACCGAGCUGGCAGAACAACAACCAGGAGGAGGUGGUCAGAAUGGACAGCAGGCCAUGUCCCUAGCUAUCCUCAGGGUGAUCCGCCUGGUCAGGGUGUUCCGAAUCUUCAAGCUCUCCCGCCACUCUAAGGGGCUGCAGAUCCUGGGUAAGACGUUGCAAGCAUCCAUGCGGGAGCUCGGGCUGCUCAUCUUCUUCCUCUUCAUCGGAGUCAUCCUCUUCUCCAGCGCUGUCUACUUCGCUGAGGCAGACAAUCAUGGGUCCCACUUCUCCAGUAUCCCAGACGCCUUCUGGUGGGCAGUAGUCACUAUGACCACUGUAGGCUACGGGGACAUGAGGCCCAUCACUGUAGGAGGCAAGAUUGUGGGCUCACUGUGCGCCAUAGCUGGGGUCCUCACCAUUGCCCUGCCCGUGCCUGUCAUCGUCUCCAAUUUUAAUUACUUCUAUCAUCGGGAGACAGACCAUGAAGAGCAGGCUGCCCUGAAGGAAGAGCAAGGCAACCAGAGGCGGGAGUCUGGGCUGGACACAGGGGGUCAACGGAAGGUCAGCUGCAGCAAAGCGUCCUUCUGUAAGACUGGGGGAUCCCUGGAGAGUUCUGACAGUAUCAGAAGGGGAAGCUGUCCUCUAGAAAAGUGUCACCUCAAGGCCAAGAGCAACGUGGAUCUUCGGAGGUCCCUGUAUGCCCUGUGUCUGGACACUAGCCGGGAAACAGAUUUGUAAAGAGAGAUCGAGGCAGACUGGCAACAGUGGAUCUGGGAACAGGGAUGCCCCUCGAGCUUGGGUAUCUGCUUUACACCACAGAGUAUUUAAGCCCACCUGGUCACCUACCGAUGUCUGAAUGCCUGCCUUUCCCCUUUCCCCUUCCCACCCUCCUGCCCUCUACCUUCCCCACUUUUCCUCCUCUUUCCAGAACGCCAAGGGUCACCUAUUUUUA